AUGGAACGCCAUCGACUGCUCCCUGCAUACGCCGCCGACAAUAUCCCUGCUUCUCAUCCUGCCAAGGAAGUCACCAAGGUCGCUCUGCGCCUGAAGUACCAGAUCGAACAGGUCAUCUCCUGUGAGCUCGAUGAGAGUAUCAUUACAGACCCCAACAGCAAAAUCAUCACCAAUGCUGUAGUCCAGACCGCUAAAGCUGCGGGUGGUGACGAUCUGCGGGGCUGCAUUCUAUUCGGCUUACUCGUAUGUCUGCGAUGGUUUAAAAUCCAGGCCAUAGAAGAGCUCUGGGAUUCCGAUCUCCAUGAGCGUCGAGCCCUUGCUUGCGAAGUCAUCGCGAAGAAAAUCAUAGAAACUGAGGAAGACCAUGACUUCCUCUUGGUCAACUGUUUGUUGAAACGAUACUCCAUCUUUGUAGACGGAGAAGAAACCCAUCCUGCCAACGUGAUCGAGCGUGCCGUGGACCUCCAUGCUUUGCGGAUCAUUGGCUCCUCGGGGUACCAGAAAUGCAUCCGUUAUCUCUGGAAUGGUUGGUUCUGUCAAGAAGACGGGAACCCGACCAAUUUCGUGCCCUAUCAUGACAAGGACAACACCAGUUUCGCUGUGCACUUCCACCCUGACAGGAUGAGGACUCCUCAGUAUCAGAAUGCAUGCCAGAUAUUCUUUUCGCUGGUGUACCUCAUCCUAUACACCCAGGUCAUCAAUACGGUCAACCGAACUGGAGACCUGGACUUUGUGGAAGGGAUCCUCUAUGUGAUGACCCUCGGGUUCAUUUGCGAUGAGCUGUCCAAACUAUGGAAGAUUGGCCGGCACUAUUUUGAUUUCUGGAACGCGUUCAACUCGACCCUUUAUGCACUUCUUGCUGUAUCGUUCUUCCUUCGCAUCGCCGCCCUGACUCACUCCCCCUCCGCGGGCGAUGAGAAGAGACAGAGACUCAACGAAAUGAGCUACAACUUCCUGGCCUUCUCCGGACCGAUGUUCUGGAUGCGCAUGAUGCUCUACCUCGACUCCUUCCGCUUUUUCGGCGCCAUGUUUGUUGUGUUGAGGGUCAUGAUGAAGGAGAGUUUAAUCUUCUUUGCGCUUCUUUUCGUCGUCCUGGUGGGCUUCUUCCAAGCGUUCUUCGGGAUGGCGCAGUUUGAACCCGAAAUACCCAUCACCAGGGUGAUCGUUCAGGGGAUGGCAAACAGUGUGAUGCAAAGUCCAGAAUUCAGUACCUUUGAGGAGUUCGCAUUUCCAUUCGGCAUAAUCCUCUAUUACAUUUUCAACUUCAUCGUCAUGACUAUUCUGCUAAAUAUUCUCAUUGCACUAUACAACAGUGCAUAUGAAGAUAUAGCUGGGAACUCUACGGAUGAGUACAUGGCAAUCUUUGCCCAGAAGACGAUGCAGUUCGUUCGCGCACCAGACGAGAACGUCUUCAUACCCCCAUUUAACCUCAUCGAGAUCCUUUUCCUGAUUAUCCCGUUUGAGUGGUGGUUGCCUCGUCGUCACUAUGCAAAGCUGAACGACAUAGUGAUGGGAGUCCUCUACUCACCCCUUCUGCUAGUCACGGCUGCUUUGGAGGUCCGCGAAGCGCGCCGAAUCAGAUGGAAUCGCCGCCGCGGGGAGGAGGACGAUGAUGAUGUGCAAGAAUGGGAGCAUAUCGCCGAGGAGGUCGACUUUGAGGUCGACGACAGCUGGAAACAGGCUGUUCAGGAGACCACGCCGGAUAUCAAUGCGAACAGUGCUACCCAUGAAAUAAUAAAAUUGAGGGCCCAGAUUGAUUCGCUGGCGGAGAUGGUCAGACUACUGACCGAUGAGAAGUUGGUUACAGGAGGUUUUAACGGCGAGUCGAGUUCGACUAUCGCUGAGCGUGAGUAG